AUGUCAGCCUUAUCUCUAGGCGGCCGUGAGCCGCGAUCACCUACACAACACCAUCACAAUAUCCACGUCCCCCGGUCCCAUUCUGAUAAUGACCUCGCUGUCAAGACACGUUUCACGGACUUCUUCAUCGAAACCAUCCUUGGACCCGAAUUCGGUGGAUCGCGCAAAACGAGUAAAGUGCACCAUCGAGAUGACGAUAAACCCGAGGUCGUGAGACAGGACAGAACAAACGUCGCCAAGCGAUGCGAGGAGGCCCGCCCGCUGAGUACGGGGGAUAAAGCAUCACCGAAAUGCCCGACAUCGCAAUCAUGGCCAGCAUGGGUUUACUGUACGCGUUACUCGGAUAGACCGUCAUCAGUGCUUGGUAUCACCGAGAAGCUGCUUCAAACGGGACUCUUCCGUAUGAAGCAUAGUCCAAGGCCUCGGACACGAAAGGUGAAACGGCGGGAAAAGAAGGCAGACGAAAAGCGGCCUCGAACAGCGUUCAGUGCGUCCCAACUCCAAAGAUUGAAGCAAGAGUUUCAACAGAGCAACUACCUUACCGAACAGCGCAGAAGGUCCCUUGCCAAAGAACUCACACUGAGCGAAUCACAGAUCAAAAUCUGGUUUCAGAACAAGCGAGCCAAAAUCAAGAAGGCAAGUGGACUCAAGAAUGACUUGGCGAGACAACUCAUGGCUCAGGGUCUUUACAACCAUUCAACGGUCCCUUUAGAAGGAGAUGGUAUGGACACUAAGAUCAUGAAUGGACAAAAUACCAGCGGUGAUUGCAGUAGAUCGGACUACACAAGUGAUUCUGAUGGUGAUUCGUUGACACAUGAUGAUAUUGAUGAUGAUGACGACGAUGAUAAUGAUGAUGAUGAUUAUAAUGAUGAGGCUGAUGAGGAUGUUGAGGCCCAUAAAGUUCAUUAUCAAUAUCUUAAAUAA